AUGACCGGCAGGGCCAGGGUUCGAGCCCGAGGCAGAGCGCGCAAUCCAGCAUCCGUGGAGCCUGCUAAGCCUGAGGUGGCUAGGGGUCCUGAAGUACCCAGAACCGACCCACCACGGAGCUUCGCUGACAUAGUGAGACGUGGCACAGCAGCUCAGCAACCUCGUCAAAUCCAGCCUAGACUCAAGCAGCUGUGGGGUGUUAGCCACGUGGCUGGGGCUGGACCACCAACAGAAGCAGAAGGAACACCGCAGCCUUCAGAGGAACUUCAACUGGCAUCUGGGUUGCAGGAAUCCUCGCUGAGGCAGAGGAGGGAUGUUGGCAGGGAUUAUCGAGACUUUGUGGUGAAUACUCAGCAGAUAUUAGGCCAUGUUAGAUACUCAACAAAAGGUAUGCACCUAGGUAGCCCGGUAAUGCUAUUUUCGAACCAUGUCCAGCUGAAGUCUUGUUCCCAUGGGAAUUCAUUCAAGUACAAUGUCAUCUAUACGCCAGACAUAGAGGAUGGACGAAAACGUGAAGCUUUACUCUCUGAACUUGAAAAGUUUUUGGGACAUCGUCGUAUAUGUGAUGGAAACUCUUUAUUAUUACUUCACUCACUAGGGGAAAUGGUUAAAUUGGAAAUCUGGCCUGGCUAUAUUACUUCCAUUCUUCCAUAUGAAACUGGUCUUACCCUCUGUGCUGAUGUGAUCCAUAAACUGCUCCGAAUGGAAACUGCUUAUGAUUUAAUAUCACACAGUCGUGAAAAAGCCAGAGGAGAAGAUGCAAAAGAGAAAAUUCUUAAAAAAUUAGUUGGAUCAUCUGUUCUUACAAAGUAUGACAACAGAACCUAUAGGGUGGAUGGUAUUACUUGGGAGAAGUCUCCCAGCUCUACAUUUACAAGAUCGGAUGGCAGUGAAACCUCCUUUGUAGACUAUUACAGGGAGGUCCUUUUCUUGCUGCCCACUGAAAAUAAAGAAAUUUAUGAAGGCAUAAAAAGACACCUGUGUGUCAAUUACCCGAUUCCAAGCCAGUGUGUGUUGAAACAGACCUUAGAGAGACCCGCUACAAAGAUUGCCCUGCAGAUGAACUGCAAGCUAGGAGGUGCCCUCUGGAAGGUGGAUAUAGAAUUGCAGAAUGCAAUGUUCAUCGGUAUCGAUUGUUUCCACGGUAUUGUACAUCGACGGAAGUCAGUCGCAGGAUUUGUGGCAAGCAUCGAUCCAGACUUGACACGGUGGUUCUCUCAAUGCAUCAUCCAGCAAUCGGGGCGGGAGCUUGUCAAUGGGCUGACGACCUGCUUGCACACUGCCUUGAAGCUCUGGUAUGAACAAAAUUCAUCUCUGCCACAUUCCAUUGUGUAUCGAGAUGGAGUGGGAGAUGGACAGCUUCAAGCACUGACUGACCAAGAACUAAGACAGAUGGAGUCCUACUUAGAAAAUGCUUACAGAGGACAAAAUGUCAGAGUAACUUUCAUCGUGGUGAAGAAACAAAUAAACAUCAGAUUUUUUAUUGAAAAGGAUGAAGGAAGACUUGACAAUCCAUCUCCAGGAACGGUUAUUGAUUUAGAGGUGACUAGGAUGGAAUGGUAUGACUUUUUUAUUGUGAGUCAGUCUGUGAAAGAAGGCACUGGUACUGUCACUCCCACUCAUUAUAAUGUCAUCCAUGACACGCUUUACUUGAGCCCAGAUGCAGUACAGAGUCUAACUUACAAACUAUGCCACAUGUAUUACAAUUUUUCAGGUAUCAUCUGAGUCCCUGCUCCUUGCCAUUAUGCCCAUAAGCUGGCUUACCUGGUGGGCCAGAGUCUUCACCAAGAACCACAUGGGUCUCUGUCAAAACGUUUCUUUUACCUUUAA